AUGUCAGAAUCGGAGCCUUUGCCCGAAAUUUACCUUUUUUUCUCCUCGCGUUUCCUUUCUCUUUCUCUCUCUAGAUUUUUCUUCUUCCCCCAAUCAAAUCAUUCUCUCUCACUAGGGUUUCGUUUUCAACAUUCGGAUCCAGCUCAUAACUCAACCAAAUUCAUUUGCUUUUUCAUACUUCAAUUCUUCUUCAAUGCUUACAAUUUCUCUGUAUAUUUUCUCCAAUUAAUCUGGUUUCCAGAUCAGCGUGGAUAACGAGUGAUUGUGUUCUCAUGUUUUUGGAAAUUGGGGAAUUAGGAUUUGCAGAAUGUCGGAACAGGGAGUGAAAGAAUGAGUGAGGCGGAGAUUACGAAGAUGAAGCAAAAUGCAACUUCGGUGUCUCUAGGGACACUUAUUGGUCGGGAGUUGAGGAAUGAUAAAGUGGAACAGCCUACAAUAAAGUAUGGACAGGCUGCUUUGGCAAAGAAAGGGGAAGACUGUUUCUUGAUUAAGCCUGAUUGUCAGAGGAUUCCGGGAAAUCCGUUGACUUCAUUUUCAGUUUUCGCGAUUUUUGAUGGGCAUAAUGGUAUAUCGGCUGCUAUUUUUGCCAAAGAGAAUCUAUUAAACAAUGUAUUGAGUGCUAUCCCUGAAGGAAUUAGUAGGGAAGAGUGGCUUCAAGCACUUCCUCGUGCUUUAGUUGCGGGAUUUGUGAAGACUGAUAUAGAGUUUCAGCAAAAAGGUGAAACAUCUGGGACUACCGUGACUUUUGUUGUGAUCGAUGGGUGGACGAUCACUGUUGCAUCAGUUGGAGAUUCCAGGUGCAUACUGGACACCCAAGGAGGUGUGAUUUCUUUGUUGACUGUUGACCAUCGAUUAGAAGAGAAUGAGGAGGAACGGCAGCGUGUAACUGCAAGUGGUGGUCAAGUAGGAAGACUCAAUGUUUUUGGGGGUAAUGAGGUUGGACCUCUGCGUUGCUGGCCUGGUGGGUUGUGCCUUUCAAGGUCUAUUGGUGAUACGGAUGUUGGGGAGUUUAUCGUUCCAGUACCGCAUGUGAAACAAGUGAAGAUUUCAAAUGCUGGUGGGAGGCUUAUUAUAGCGUCGGAUGGUAUAUGGGAUGCUUUAACAUCGGAUUUGGCAGCACAGUCUUGCAGAGGUUUACCGGCAGAACUUGCGGCAAAGCUGGUUGUGAAGGAAGCAGUAAGGUCAAGAGGUCUGAAGGAUGAUACAACCUGUUUGGUUGUUGAUAUUAUUCCUUAUGACCAUCCUAUCUUGCCUCCAACACCUAGGAAGAAGCAAAAUUUGCUCACCUCUUUUCUCUUCAGGAGGAGAUCACAAAAUGCUAGGUCUAAUAAGCUUUCUGCGGUUGGUGUCGUGGAAGAAUUGUUUGAAGAGGGCUCUGCAAUGCUUGCUGAGAGGCUUGGUAAAGAUUUUCCUCUGGAUUCUAGCUCUGGGCUGUUUAGAUGUGCUGUUUGCCAAGCAGAUCAGCCUGCAAGUGAGGGUUUAUCUGUUAACUCAGGGCCUUUCUUUUCACCUUCAUCAAAGCCAUGGGAAGGGCCAUUCCUUUGUGCAACUUGUCGGAGGAAGAAGGAUGCGAUGGAAGGAAAAAGACCAAGUAGACCUAUAAUAACUGCUUAAUGUGGUAACCUUAGUAAGUAAGUAUAUGCUGAUAUAUUUUUUUGCCUGGCGUGGGAACAUGCUUGGUUCUCAAUCUGCAGUGGUUAUAUUUCUGUAGAUGUUUUGAGAAGAGUAAUGUUUGUGCUGAUUAUUGUACUUACUGACAAAGAAGAGCAUAUGAUUGUGUUGAUUUUAUUACUAACAGCUUGAAUGUAAGUAAAGGAAUGAUGCUUGUGAAAAUAUUGUUUAGUAAAAGUGUCCCUCAUUUGUGAUU